AUGAAGUGGCUCUUUUUGAUCUGCAACCUAUCUGUGGCCUUGGCCAGCCAAAACAAGCCCCGAGUCACACCGGAUAAACUAUCCUCCCUCAUUCGACUCGAAGACCUCCUGAAGGGCACUCAACAGCUCGAGGAUUUCGCCUACGCGUAUCCAGAGCGUAACCGUGUCUUUGGCGGUGCAGCCCAUAAUGAAACGGUUGACUUCCUCUACCGUGAGCUGAAGAAGACAGGGUAUUACAAUGUCUACAAGCAGCCGCAGGUACACACAUGGACUAGUGCCGAGGCUUCUCUCAAGUUCGAUGGCAAGUCCAUCACGGUGACUUCCAUGACGUACAGCCCUAGCGUCGAUAUCAUCGCCGACCUAGUGCUGGUAUCGAAUGUCGGGUGCGCUGCAUCGGACUACCCGAGCGAAGUGGCUGGUAAAAUUGCCUUCGUGAAGCGUGGAGAGUGCACUUUUGCAGAGAAGUCGCUGCUUGCUGGUGCGGCUAAGGCAUCUGCCGUGCUUGUUUAUAAUAACGCUGCUGGAUCUCUCAGUGGAACGCUGGGAGGCGUUUCCAGCGACUAUGCUCCCAUUGGGGGAAUUUCGCAAGCGGACGGCCAGACUCUGCUCGAUGCGGUAGCGAAGGGUGCUGCAAGUGUCUCGCUUGAAAUCGACAGCAAAGUCGAGAACCGCACUACGUUCAACGUCAUUGCGGAGACAAAAGGUGGUGAUCACAAGAAUGUCGUCUCACUGGGAGGACACACCGACUCUGUCGAAGCUGGCCCCGGAAUCAACGAUGAUGGAUCUGGAAUUAUCAGCAAUCUCGUGGUAGCCAAAGCCUUAACACGUUUCACUGUGAAGAAUGCAGUCAGGUUCUGCUUCUGGACGGGUGAGGAAUUCGGUCUGCUUGGCAGUGAAUACUAUACCUCACACCUCAGCGCCGAGGAGCUAGCGAAAAUCAAGCUCUACCUCAACUUCGACAUGAUUGCCUCGCCGAACUAUGCGAUCAUGAUCUACGACGGUGAUGGAAACGCUUUCAACCAGACUGGACCAGCUGGAUCUGCUGAGAUCGAGGCCUUGUUCGAAAACUACUUCAAGUCUAAGAAACUGCCGUACAUCCCAACUGCAUUCGACGGCCGAUCCGACUACGAUGGCUUCAUCUCUCGGGGUAUCCCCGCAGGUGGUGUUUUCACCGGUGCUGAAGGUCUGAAGACCGAGGCAGAGGCGAAAUUGUUCGGAGGCCAAGCGAAUGUCUCUUACGAUGCCAACUAUCAUGCCGCUGGAGAUAACACUACCAACCUCAACCAUGAGGCCUUCCUGCUCAACUCCAAGGCUACUGCCUUCGCUGUUGCGACCUACGCAAAUAGCCUUAAGUCGAUUCCAAAGCGGAACGCAACUCUGGCGGGACCAUUGAAGAAGAGGGCUCCCAAGUCACACGCUCACACCGAGAACACUGGGUGCUUCCAUUCCUUGGUGGAGAUUUAG